GUUUAAGUUAAGUUCUUUAGUCGUUCAGUCCGCGUGAAAUUAAUAAAACUAGUCCGCCACAGAUCAGCGUCGCUUCACUGUGUGGGACUUCUGUUUUUACACAAAAAUUUACUUUGCUUUCGUGUCGGUUUGCAAGUCUAGUCUGUGCUAGUUAAUUAUUUCUGUGAAUUUUUGGUACUCCUGCUGUAAUGGAACAAAAAGGCAAUACACAAAAUACUAAAUACCUUCAUCCUUUUUAUCAUGGAUUAAGGAAUGUUCCUGAAGGAAGGAUCAAGGAACUACAGAAGGUUAGAACUUGGGUUGCAGCACAACCUCAUUUACCCGAAGUAUCUGACGACUACAUUUACGUCUUUCUUAGCUCAUGUAAUUUCUCAGUGGACCGGGCCAAAAGCUGCAUAGAACAUUAUUUCACCAUCAAGACUAAUCAUCCUGCCAUAUUUGGAAAUAGAGAUCCUGAGGAUGACAAAGUGAAAUUGGUUAGGAGUUUGGGACACCUGUGGAGACUACCAAAACUAACACCAGAAGGAUAUAGAAUGGUUAUGUACGCUGUUAGAGAUGGAGAUCCAACCAAAAUGGUUUUCGGUGAUUGCGUCAAGACGUUUUGUAUGUUCAACGAUAUUGUUUUAUCAGAGGAUGGUAUCGAAGAUGGGUAUAUUGUAAUAUUCGAUAUGAAAGGAGUACAGUUAGGCCACUUAGCCCGAAUCAGCUUGCCAGCUUUAAGAUGCUUUUUCUUAUACAUCCAGGAAGCACAUCCAGUCAAAAUAAAAGGAGUACAUGUACUGAACACUGCUUCCUGGGUACAUCAUAUUAUGCGAAUUGUAAUACCUUUGGUCAAAUCAGAACUUCUGAGCUUAGUCAAAUUCCACAAAGGAAACAUCCCUGAAGGUCUUCCUUUGGAAAUAAUGCCAAAGGAAUAUGGCGGUGAAACAUCUUCCAUGGAAGAAUUAGACCAAGUUACGGAGCACUUAUGGGAAAAAUACCGACCGUGGCUCCUCGAAAACGAAACCUUAAAAACCAAUGAAAACAAAAGAAAUCAGAAGAAGUCCUCUUGGUGGGGAUUGCCUUUCUUCGGCAACAAAGAAGAACUCAACGAAAAGAAUAUUAUAAAAAAUUUGCGGUAAUAAUCAGCAUUCAUAGAUAUCACACCUAUAGAAACCAACACCGUAUGAUCAUCGAAGCAGAAGGUCCCCAAAUAUUACGAAACUAUCAUCAAAUAUGGGGCCGUUGGAACUGUAUACUGCAAUUUGUAAGCCUUCUUCCUCUCCUUAGCCGUAAUCCUAAUGUAAAAAAAACCAGUGUUAAUCAGAAGUUUUUGAACAGACUCUGGUCACUCUUUCAACUUUGUUUUGAACAAUUCAAAAUUGUUUUAACAUCUUACUAAUUGGCGUUUGUAAAAACAACAUGUGCUGGAAAUUUCAAAGUAGGUAACAAGGUUACUUAAUUGAAAGCUAUGUAUUAUUUAAUGUUCUCUGAAAUGUAAAUACUGUUAUUAAUUUUACCUAGGUUAAUUGAUAAACUGGUUGUUCACCAUAUAUUUAUACACGCACUGUAUUCCAAGUAUAUUCCAAGUUAUUCCAAGUAUACUGAUAGUAUUUAUAAGCAUUGAAUAAUGUAUCCCAGUUAGUCUAGUCGCAACAUAGGGGGUCCCGUGGGCACUUUUAGGUCGCCGCGAUUUGAUGGCGGUAUUAUAGGAUUUUUGGGUCGCUGAAUCCAAUGGAAGUGGUCUGGAAGCCCAAAUGUUGUGCGUUUAAUUGUUAUUAACAAAUUAUGGAAAAUUUAGGUGUUUUUCAGGGUAUAUUAGAAGCCCUCUAAAUAAAUUGAUAGUGUUAAGGCCUUCUCUGGUGUAUUUUUGGUCGCUGAAUCGAAUGCGACGAGUCACGAUUAGUCAAAAUAUGUUCUUAUUUUGUUAAUAACAAAAUAAUUGUUUAUUCGCCAAAAAGCUCGAAAUGCGGCAUCUACAGCAAGUUUGUAGUCUUUUUCAUAGUAUUUUUAUACGCUAAAUCGAUUGUCACUAGUCGUGAUAGCUUAAACCACGUUUCGACUUUGUUAUUAAUAAAUUAUUGCAAAAAUAACUCUUUGCUCUAGAUUUUAAAAAACCACUUGGAUUGACAUAAAAUUUGGCAUACACGUAACUAACAUGUCAAGCAAAACAAGUGGUAUUGUGCCGAUGUCUGCUUCUACACUGGGGGUUGAGUUUCACCCCUUUUCAGGGGUAAAAAAAGAAACCUUUAAAAUAAGUCCGGAAGUGGAUAAAGUGAUUAUUAUCUAAGCAACUUUUGCUGUAUACAGUUUUUUCACUAAGUCAAUACUUUUCGAGUUAUUUUUGUUUUUUUGUUGAAAAAUGAACAUAUUCACUCGCAAAUAACUCGAAUAUUGACUUGGUGAAUAUACUGUAUAGAACAAAAGUUGCUUAGAAUUAAUCAGUUUAUCCAAUUCCGGACUUCUUUUAAAGGUUUUUUUUUCACCCUCGAAACGGGGUGAAACUCACCUCCAGGGUAAAAGCACGCAUCGGCACAAUAUCACUUGUUUUGUUUGACAUGUUAGCUACGUGCUUGCCAUCAUGUCAUUCCAGGUGGUUUUUUAAAAUUUAGAACAAAAACCGUGAGUAAACGUACUAUAAACCAUUAUUCUUGCAAUUAUUUAUUAAUAACAAAGUCGGAACGUGGUUUAAGCUAUCACGACUAGUGACAAUCGAUUUUGCGUAUAAAAAUACUAUAAAAAGACUACAAACUUGCUGUAGAUAACGAAUUUCGAGCUUUUCGGCGAAUAAAGAAUUAUUUUGUUAUUACCAAAUUAGGACACAUUUUGAGUAAUAGCGACUAGUCGCAUUCGAUUCAGCGACCAAAAAUACACCAGAGAAGACCUUAAUACUAUCAAUUUAGUUACUGGGCUUCUAAUAAUUCCUGAAAAACACCUAAUUUUACCAUAAUUUGUUAAUAACAAUUAAACGCACCACAUUUUGGGCUUCCAGACCACUUCCAUUGGAUUCAGCUACCCAAAAAUACGUAUAAUACCACCAUCAAAUUGCGGCGACCUAAAAGUGCCCACGGGACCCCCUAUGUUGCGACUAGUUUUACUAGUUUUACUAUCCCCUAUGUUGCGACUAGACACUUUUAGCUGCUAUUACUAGUGGAGUUAACACGUUUCAUUUCAUAGGCAAAUAUUAACGUUUAUUUGAUUACAUUUCAAUAGCCAAAUAUGAACGUUUGUUUCAUUUUAUUUCUAUUGGGACCGUGCAAGUUCGGCAAAGCGACCCCUAUUUCUACGCUCUGUACUUUUAUUCGCACUUUUAAUUAUACUGGCCAAUUAUAUUAGUCCUGGUUACUGGAUAAUUGUCAAGGCCAUAGUCCAAAAAAAUAGUAAGAAGAAAAAAUAAGAUUCAGGUUAUGUUAUGAAAACGUGAACAAUUGUAUGUAGUAAAUAAAAUUAGUUAUUAAAAUGCAGUACUGCACUCAAAAUACAAUUAAUUAAAUUUACCUUUAUAUAAUAAUUGCAUAUCAUAUCAAUAUUGUGGAGCAAUAUAUAAUUUUUCUGCUUCAAUGACAGAAGGUAUGAAAUAUACGUCAAUUUGACAAUUUCAAUUGACAAUAUGAAUUAUUUAAGAUAGUUGCAAUAUUUCUCCGCGACUCGCGCACGAUCGUUUCUCGUUUCCCUUCCAAGUACUUGCCCACCGCGAAUAGACAAAAAUAUUAACGCUUCAGAAGUGAUUACUAGUGAAAAAAUUACCAGUUCUAUUCUUGUUCUUAUCUCUAGUUGUUUUUAGUGUCCCUAAAUAUUAAACGUUUUAUUAUUAUUGAUUUUUACACAUUCGCACGAAGUUCGUCUUUUUAAUAUGUUAUUCCUCUCUUCUAAUAUUUGACCUGCCAAAAUCUAAGAUCUUUUACAUUUUCAGUGGUUAUAGCUGUAUCCUGUGUAUUAUUGACCAAAACACCUUUGACUUUUAUGUCAGCUCCUUCAUUUUCCAAAACACUUUUUAUCAUUUCUUCCGAGUAUACAUUAAAAGCACUAGCAGCGAAACCGAGAAAGAAAGGGACAUACAUAAAUAAAGAAAAGAUCAAAUAUAUAGAAUCGACAGAACGACAAAACAUACAAAGACAAUAAAUAAUACCUGAUAAUGAUCACAAAAGAAAACAAUAUAAAUUCGAAGAAUUACAAACAUUCCAGUAUCUAGGAGCGACAUUCACCAGGAGAACAAAUAUGUACGAAAAAAAACCAAGCUAGAGUUAUGGCUGGUAAUCCUUGUAUAUUUACUAAAAACAAGUUAUUAAGAAUAAAAACAUAUUUAGAAGGGCUAAUAUAAGAAUAUAUAUGACAGUGAUAAGAUCUAUAGCAUUAUAGAAAAGUAUUUACGAUAAAGAAAAACCCUCAGAAAAAUAUUUGUAGGAUAUCUAUGGAAUGAAAUGUGGAUAAAAGGAUCAAAUAUAGAAUUUGAGAAGACGUAUGGAGAACCGGAUAUCGUAGAGAUAACAAAAUCACAAAGACUGAGAUGGUUGGAUCAUAUCCAAAGGAUUCUAAACACGAGACUAAUUUUGAAAAAUAUAUAGAAGAACUCAAAAUCCCAAAUUGAAAAAUAAAGCAGCAAACAGCAAAUCAUGAUUUUUAUUUCUUCUCCUUCUUCUAGUGCCUACUCCACUAAUGAAGGUUGGCUAUAACCAUUGAAAAUUCGUCUAUAUCUCCUGCUUUUCGUAAAAGCGUCUGUGUGUUUAACCCGGUCCAGUCGCGAAUGUUUUUCAGCCAGGAUAACUUCGUCGUCUACCAGUUCUCCUUUUUUUCUUCAAUUUUACCCUUUAUAUUCAGCGGCAAAAAUUUAUUUAUGUAUCAUUUUCAUUUGUAAGUAUGUGCCCCAAGUAUGCUGUUUUUCCCCUAUUAAUUGCUGUCAGCAGUUCUCUGUCUCUUCCCAUUCUGUUCAACAUAAUUUUGUUCGUAAUAUGAUCAUCAUCAUCAUCAGUGGCGUUACAGCUCUUUAUGAGCCAAAGCCUUCUUCAGAACAAUCCUCCAUUCGCCUCUAUCUCUGGCAACUCUUCUCCGUGCUCUAAUUCCAAUAGAUUUUAAAUCAGUUUCUAUGUUAUCUUGGUACAUAAGUCUCGAUCUUCCUCUUGCUGGUUGUCCUAUCGGCCCUCUUCGGUCAAAGACUUUUCUGACUAUGGCAUCUUCCUCUCGCCUGAUUACAUGACCUAUCCAUCUAAGGCGUGCUACCUUAAUGAAUUGUACAACGUCAGGUUCUCCAAAAUUUCUAUACAACUCGUAAUAUGAUCGGCCCAUGAUAUUUUCAAAAUUCUCCUAAAAAGCCACAUCUCAAAAGCUUACAGCUUCCUCGUUAACUCAAUAUUAACAAUCCAAGCUCCUUAAAGAAGAAUAGAGUGAAUUAACAUUUUAGCGUCCGGUAUCGGAUUUGAAGAUUGAGUCUUUGGUUACUCAGAAAUUCCGUCGGCUUUAAAAAGGCUCCUCUUGAUUCCUCUUUUUUCGAUCGAAUUUCUGAUUUCAGUGUGGAUCUUACGUAAUCCAGAUUUUUGUUGAUAUAGAAUUUUUAUUAUAAGUUCAAAGUGUUAAACCUUCAAACCCAUCAUAAUUUUCUUUGUUAUAGGUAAUUUCUAAAUUUCUUUGAGUAUAUACAUACAUUGAGUGCAAAUAAAUCUUCUCUGAUACACCACUACGGAGGCCAAAUUACCUAUCACUAAUAUCUACCUCUAAUUUCGGGUAGAAAUAGUAUGAAUUAUUUUUAAGAGAAUUUAAUAUUUAUGUAGGAUUGUAACUUCCUAUGUUCUUCCCAUUCUUUUAUUUUUUCAUGAAGACUUAAUCUAUAGUUGUUUAUUUGUAGUUUUUCUAUUUCUAUCGAUAUUUAUUUAAUUGGUGAAUACGUUUCAUCAUUUCAAAAAUUUCCACAAUUUUUCUAUUUCUUCUUUCUCUCUAGUAUCAUGACGAUGUUUUAUAUUCAGAUUUCAUUUGAUAUUAUUUUUGAUAUUUUUUGGGUAAUGGACGGUAGAAAUAAAAUUUAAGACUUACUCAUAAUAUAUUUUAUUCAACCUAGCACGACCAGUUUCGGACAAUCCGGUUUGGGACCGGUUGGACUUUGCUCUCCAACUGUAUAGCAAAUUGUUGAAACUAGAAUUGAGGCGCUCAGAGCAACAGUGGCCUAACCCACAAAUUGAGCAUUUUUAGAUUAAUAUAUCAAUAAAAGCAGCAACAUUAUAUCUUCGGAUUAACAAGGGUCUACACAACCUACCUCUAUAUUUGGCUAAAUGGCGCUACCUAAUUUGUAGCGCCAUCCCAUAAGCACAAUGGAAAUACGAAUACAAAGAUUCCUUUUAUCUCAAAACUUUAUUUUCGGGGUUAGGUCACUGUUGCUCUGAGCGCCUCAAUUAUGAGUACGUUGUAUAUGUCCUCAUAAAAACUUUCUAUUUCUUUUAUGCUCCGAUUUGCCCUCGGCGCCUCGGCAGUUCUUCCUGACACUUUCCUUACCCUUUCUUUUUGCUUUAAUUUUAUUAUGAUUUAAUACGCUUGUUUAACUAAAUCUCUUUUGAGACAUUAAUGAUACUGACAGUUUCAAUUUAUGUAAUUAUUACAAUGCAGUCUGUGGUCUGUACUUCCAUAAGUGAAAUUCCAAAUGACACAAGACCCUAAAGAGGGAUUUUCAUCGAUUGUCAUUUGUUUCGAGCUUCUGUCAUGCGUCACAUAAUAUUAAUAUAUCUACGUCAUACGUCUUUGGUUUGUAUCAUCGGUAUAUCCACAUGACAGAUGCUCGAAACAAAUUACUGUGAAUGAAAAGCUCUAUUACUAACCCAGGUCUCUUAAGCGUACAUUACGGAGACCAAAGGAUGGUAUCCUAGCCUAGAGCAUGGUAUCGUACUCUUCAUAUUCGUGAAUUCUCGCAUUUAAAAUAAUGUAUUUAUUUUACCUGGCGAUCGAAACUAUAUUAUCGAUGGCCAUGUAAAAUAAAUGCAAUAUUUUCAAUGCGAGAGUUCACGAACAUGAAGAGUACGAUACCACGCUCUAGGCUAGGAUACCAUCCUUUGGUCUCAGUAGUGAAUGCACCCUAAGGGUUUGCUCACUACGGAGAGCAAUGGAUUGUAUCCUCGCUCCGACACUUGCUCCGAUUUAUAUUCGUGAGUUCUCGCAUUUAAAAUAAUUUAUUUAUUUUACAUAGCGAUUGUAACUAUAUUAUCGAUCGCUAUGUAAAAUAAAUACAUUAUUUUAAAUGCGAGAAUUCACGAAUAUAAA